AUGACGCCCGUGCACCACGCCGCGGCGGCGGGCUGCCUGCAGAGCUGCGAGGUGCUGGUACGGGCCGGUGCGAACGCCGACGCGUGGGACAGCCAGGCGCGGGACCCCCUGGCGUGCGUGCCGGCGCACCUGGCCUCGACCGCGGCGGAGCGCGCUGCGUGGCAGCGGGCGCUGCGGGGAGCGGCCGUCCCGCGGCACUGCGGCGCCGGCGGUUUCUACCCUGCGACGGGCGUGCCACGCGAUAUGGGCGUGACAGGCCUGCUCACCUUCCUGCGCAAGCAGGUGAAUCCGGAGCUCGUCGAGCUCCAGCUGGACGCGGAGGCGCACUGCGGGGAGCGUACGCUGGUGCUCGACCUGACCUCGUUCUGCAUCUGGGUCUUCAAGGAAUGCUAUGCGCCCGGCGUGGCGAAGCGCGGCUGCGACCUAAGCUUCGCAGCGGCCUACGGGGACGCCCAGGAGUUGGUCGCUGAGUUCGCUGGCGCGCUGGCGAGGUACGGCCUGCGGCUCGAGGCCGUGGCGGACUGCCCAGCGGGAUCCCAGGGGCUCGAUGAGCUCGAGAGCGCUGCGGACGAGAUCUGCAAACGCGGCAAGGAGAGGCGCGCAGUUGCGAAGCGCUUGGUGCAGGUCCUGGAGGGCGUCCUCUCAUCGCACGAGUUCCAGAGCGGGGACUUGCCGAUGCCCUUCCUCUUCGCGCGGGCGGUGGCCGCCGGUCUCAGGGAGGCAGGGGUGCAGAUCGCCACCGCUGCGGGCGAGGCCGACGACCUCAUCGGCCACCGGAUGCGCGCCCGACGAGGCCUCUACCUGGGCGUGUUCGGGAACGAUGCCGACUUCGCGGUGAUGCGCGGCUGCAGGUUGGUGGCCAAUGAGCUCUUCCAGCUGGGGUCUGCAGCGUCUGCAGGCUUCCCCUCGCUCGCGCGCCUGGUGGCGGACUCCACGAGCCCCACGGCCGAGUUGUGGGAGGUGCAUCUGGAAGAUCCCGGCGACAGGCACCAGCUGCAGCGGGUGUGGGCCGACGUGUGGUGGUGUUACGGCCACGGCGAAGAGUGCUGUGAGAAGGGCCUCGAUCUGAACGACGUGUCGCCAGAGGGCACGGCGGUCUCUCAGUUCGUUCACAGGGCGGUCUGCAGGGGUGUCUGGCCUCUCUGGGCCUGGCCGGUCCACCUGCAUGGCCUGCACGUGCUGCCAGCUGUUAGCGAUUGGUGCAGCCCGAGUGCACUGCAGGAGUUGCUGCGUCCGCUGUGGGAGACGGCUUAUGCGCUGCUGCGCGCGGAGGGGUCAAGCAUGGUCAGGAUUUCCCCCGCCGAUUCGGGCCUCAAGAGGCAGCCCUGGGACGGUCAGAGACUGCCCCUGUUGGAUGUGGCGGGCCUCCCGAUGGACGAGAAGCUGAGAAUCUGGCGACUGGCCGCUGGCGGCGACGCGCGCGCCGCAGCGGAGCGCGCGGCAGAGGCAGUUCGCAAGCCCCCUAACUCUGAUGUUGCUGCCGCAGAGGCGCCGAAGCAGCUACAUGUUGAACAGCAGGGUGCAACGAGCGUGGCGCUCGACGCGAUCCUGGAGGUGUUGGUCGGCUGCGACGAGGGCUGGAGCUUAGCCGCAGCGAUUGUGCCCGCGGCGUCGAAGCACCUCCCAGAUGCGGGGAGCUUGCAGAGAACCAUUAAGGAGGCGGGCGGCCUGCGACGCUUCUGCGACGCGCAUGCGGAUUACUUGGUGUUCGACCCAUGUGACAGUGGCGGGUUUGUCAGCCUCGUCGGCGCAGUCAGGACCUUGAUUUGGAACAUAGACAAGCGAGACGGGGCGCUGCCCUUCGCCGCGAUCCAGCGCAUCAUCUACCCGCGCGAUCCCGGCUGCAAGGAGGCGGUCCAUGCGGCUGGCGGCCUCGAGGCAUUCUGCAGGACCCACGCCUACGCGCUGACCUCCGACGGCAAGUCCGUCCGCCGGGCAACGCCGGGCGCCCUGGUACCGGGCGUGCGCAGGGCCUCUUCGGGAGGCCCGCCCGCCCCCAGCACGCCCGAUCCCCAGGCGCACUCGGGCGCGGCCGCCCCGGCUGCCCGCGAGGACGCGGGACGCACGGCCGCCGUCCUGGCGCUGGCGGCCGUGGCCCGCAGCGGCAGCGCGGGGCCGCUUGGCGUGUGGGAGGAGGACUUCGACGCGCUGGUGCUGAUGGCCGUGCUGCUGCACCAGCAGGCCAGCGGGGGCCUGCCGCGCGAGGAAGAAGGCCUGGGCGAGGGCGAGGACGAGUCGCUGCUGCCGCUCGCCCUGCUGGGCGAGAGGUACCAGCGGAUCGCGUGGACGAUCGCCGAAGUUGGCGAGCUGCUGGGUGCCCGCGGGCCCACAUGCGCCGUCACGCCGCAGCAGCUCGCCGAGUGGAAGCGGUGGCGCGAGGAGGCGGGGCUCGGGGCGCUGGCGUGCUCGGGCGGGGCGCCGCUGGCGCGGCGGCCGCGGCGCGGGCGAGCCGCCGCGGGCGAGCCGCAGCGGGCACUGGGCGCCGAGGCUGGGCGCGGCCAGCACGCGGAGAGCGGCGAGCACAAGGCCAGCGGCGAGGGCGACGCCGGCGUCCACGUGCUCAGGCACCUGCGGAGCGGCCGCGUCGUCUGCGUCAACGGCGCGACGGGGUGCGGCAAGAGCACGCAGGUGCCGCAGUACCUGUUGGAGGUCGCCCCGGAUGCCAACAUCGUGGUAGCGCAGCCGCGGCGCAUGGCGGCAAUACAGCUCGCGAAGAGAGUCGCCAGUGAGCGCGGGGAGGAGCUUGGACAGACAGUCGGAUACGCCAUCGGAGGCGGAGACUCCACACGCAACCAAGCGACCCGUUUGACAUUUGUGACCACUGGGUACUUGCUUCAGCUGCUCGUUCACAAGUCCGCAGAGUUAAAGAAGUUGACGCACGUCGUGCUCGACGAAGUGCACGAGCGUUCCGUGGACGCAGACAUGCUGAGCCUCGUGAUCAAAACCCUUCUGGGCAUGUAUACAUCGGUCUCCUUGGUCAUCAUGUCUGCGACCAUGAAUGCGAGCAUCUUCCAGGAGCAUAUGAAUAUCACCUGGGUUGUAACACCCCUGCUGUACACGUACAUCAUAUUGUGA